AGUGAGGGUGAACGUGAGGACCGCGUAACCGAAUAGGUUACCGCUGCUGCUGCUGCUGCUGUACCUCAUUCUGUAUCUGUUAUCUCGUCAUAGCUUCGCUGUGUCCCGGUGCGCGGCGAUCCUUUCCCUCGGUGGUUUCCUUUCUUUUUUUUUAAAUUAAUUAUUCGAUCGGUAGCGUCGCGUCUGACGUACGUGUAUGCAAAGUGCGUGUCGUAUCCGAUCACAUCUCGUCUCGCAAGGACAUGGCUUGUCAGUCCCGUUUUGUGGGAGAUGUUCACGCGCGAACUCGCCUGAUAGCUACAUUUUUCCCGGAUAACGUAUUUAAGCGCGUCUUAUUAUCUAUCUAUCUCGGAGCUCUCAAGGCCGCGAGCCAACUCGAACGCGAUUCACGCACAGCGACUCCCGGAAUGAUCGAUUAAUAAAACGGACGGGCUGUCUGCUAGCUGCUCCAAGAAAUGCCACGGUCAAGCUGGCGCCAUCUGUCGGCGAGUCUAGGGUUGGGUUGGAUGGGAUUCGCGGUUGGGUAACUGAAAAAAUUUACUUACGAUCGGUAAAGCAAAUCUCGGAUAGCUGACAGUUGACAGCCAUUUUUUCGCUAUUCCGGAUGUUUACGUCUGUCACACAUGUAUGAAUAUUUCUAAAUCGUCGUAUAUUUAUCAAAUACACAAGAUGAAUGUAAUAAAAAAUGCAAUUCUUCAUUAAUUUGAGCAAAAAGACAAAUUAAUCGAGUGCAAUUUUUCUCUCUCAAAGAAACACACCACUAUGACUUCAAAUAAUGAUAAAUUUGCGGAUGGCGUGGAAACAGAAAUCAUUAAAGGCGAAUUGGAUGAUGUUUUGGAAGAAAAACCACGAUCGAAAGGAAAAAGAAUACAGAAAAAACCUUGCUCAAAACUGUUAGCAUCAAGGAUCAUGAAACGUGAUGUACCACAAAUUACUGUAAAAUCUGCAUCUCUUCGGAUCGAGGAACUAGCACGACCAACAAAACAACGCGUGUUAAUCACUUUAAGAGAGAAAAUAUCGAUACUGCCACCAACAUUUGUAAAUAAUCUAAUUAAGAUCAUCGAGGCUGAAUCUUGUAUAACUCCAGAGGAAGCUGCGAGAGUCCUUCGCCGGAAGAAACGUACAAGGAAGAAGAUAUCACAAUUUUCACCACUUAUGAAGAAAUUGAUGAAAGAGAUUACCGAAGAUGCAACAAUGUUAGACAGGGAUGCGACAAUGUGUCAAUAUCUGAUGGCUGAACACUUUGUCAAGAGCAUUCUAGGACAUCGUUGUCAGACGCGAAAGAAGGAUAUUGAUGAAAUUACGACUGUGAUAUUGAAACGAUUAACAUCUCUUGACAGAUAUACGAUGGAUGCUCAAAAUGGUGAUCGAGCAACGCAACAGUUGCGCUUUUUAGCUGAUAUAAUAGCUUGCUGGAUAACUGAUAUACUUAACGAAGUUGCUCAAGUCCAUAAAGGAACUCUGGAAGACUAUUUUAAGAAAAGACAAAUGAAGAUGAUAGAAGCAUCUACAUCCAAAAAACAUACCACUGGUGCUGUCCGCAAGAAGAAUACAAUAAAAUUUGAGCUAACGGAAGAGCAAAAAGCUGAUAUAAAAGAAGCUUUUGAUUUAUUUGAUCCGGAUGGUACUGGAAAAAUUGCCACCAAAGAACUUAAAGUUGCAAUUAGAGCUCUGGGCACUGAACCAACAAAGGAAGAAUUAAAGAGACUUGUAGCGGAUGUAGAUCCAGAUGGUCUUGGCAAAAUAUCUUAUGAAGAAUUCUUAAAUAUAAUGACAGUGAAAAUGUCAGAGAAUGAUUCAAAAGAAGAAGUAUUAAGAGCCUUCCGUCUCUUUGAUGAUGAUGAUACAGGGAAGAUAUCUUUCAAAAACUUGAAAAGAGUCGCACAUGAAUUGGGAGAAAAUCUGACUGAUGAAGAAAUACAAGAAAUGAUUGAUGAAGCAGACAAAGAUGGAGAUGGAGAGAUAUCGCAAGAAGAAUUCUUGAAAAUCAUGAGAAAGGCAUGUUUAUAUUAAGUUAUUGAAGUAUAUAAUGUGAUUUUUUUUAAGUUAAAUAUAUGUUUUAUUGAUGUCCCUAAAGGAAAGACUGAUAUAUGUAUUAGCACAUUAUAUAUUUUUGUCACAAAUAUUU